CCGGUGGUCAGGUUCCGCUUUGUUACAAAAGUCUCUACUGCCGGUUUCCUCGCUACCUGACGGACUUUCCGGUUCCCCAGUAGGCGCCGCCAUCUUCGGAAUCGGCUACUUCCAUCCCCGCCGCCAUGUCUAAGGCCGUGGAGCAGGGCAAGGAGGCCGCGCCUCCCCCCAAGCCGCUGUUCGGCAGCUGCUGGAGCUGCCGCGUCCUGUCCGGCUCGGCGCUGAUCGGGGCCGGGUACUGGGUCUAUCUAGGCCCGCGCAGGAUCAUGAGCCGGGGCAACUACCCUUCCGCAUGGAACAUCUUCCAGCUUUCCUUCGCAGUCGGUCUCGUCUGCUGGGGCGUAGUCAUCAUAGCUGAUCCAGUUGGCAACCAGAAGAAGUACAACAAAUAAGGCAGGACAAGGUGCAGCUGCUGCUUCCAUCAGCACUGGCCAAGUCAAACAAUGUGGAUUUGGGACAAUAACAUGAAUCCAAGAGAAAACUGUUUGCCUUUUCUUACUAUGGUUGCCUCCCAGUGGUACCUGGGAGAGAAGAGACCCACCCCAACUCCCCCAUUGCUACAGUCCUCAUCUUCCUGUCCACUAAGCUCCAGCUGCAUGCAACCCUUCCUUCUCUGCUUGCCUUAUGCCAUGGCAGCUCCCCAGACUGCCCCUCUGGUGCAAUCCCCCAGACUAGCUCCUGUUUAUGGGAUGAGCUAUGACAGUAUUUCUCCCCCUGUCUUGACUCUGUUCAUUCCAGCAUCCAGUUCUAAUUUAAUCUCCUGCUGCUUUGAACCCACCUUGGCUCCAGCUAGGCUCUGCUCAACAAGAACUGGCCCCAUGGGGCCUGGACACUCAGAAGUGUGGGGGAGGAAUUGCAUUUCAGUCUAUGCUAGGAAAUAGUGACUCAGAAAGACAGAGGGAUAAUCAGCUGACUAGGAGCUCCUAGUGUAGUGCUUUAGCCAAAAGGGAUAAUGUGAUCCUUGGCUGGAUGAAUCAUGGGGAAUCAUGUCAGAAAAGAGGCUUUAUUCCCUCUGUAGCUAGCAUUGGUGCAGCUACUGCUGGAAUACUGUGUCCAGUUCUGGUAUCCACAAUUCAAGCAUAUGAAUAAGCUGGAGAGGGUUU